UCGUCGCGACGACGACGACGACGACGACGACGACGACCACCACGACGACGACGUCGACGAGGAGGUGGAUACACGCGUGUGCGAAGACCGGCGUCUCUCUCUCCUCUGGAGGACAUCUUCUGCUCCGCAUUUCUGCUUCGGGGUUGCCCCUUGUUGUCGCGAGCCACUUCGUCGACCGGUCAGCCGUGUGCAAUAUCCAUCAUCAUGCUGUACUACAUUCUAUCCCUCUCGAUCGUUGUUGCUGCACAGGCGAACGUCUAUUUGCCCUCGAUCAAGGAGGAAAGUCUAUUGACCGAUGCCCUUCUGCGAGAACUGAUCAAUCAGAUGGGAAAUGAGCUCGCUAACGCGGGCGACCCGUACCUGGAAUAUCCGGAGAAGGUGAAGGAACUACCCCUGGAGUUGCCAACCGAUUACGACGGCAUGGACACGCUGAAUCCGAAUCCGAGUAUACGGGAUCAGGAGUAUCUGCAACAUAGCACUUUAUGGAGUCAUCAUCGUAUUAAUAAUAAUAAUAAUAAUAAUAAGGGCAACGACAGACACAGGAUUCAGGCCGGCCUGAAGGGGAUCAAGGACGAGAAGACGGAAAAUCCCUUGCCGGCUUAUUGCACCCCUCCGAAUCCCUGUCCAGUCGGAUACACGAGCGAGAACAACUGUCUGACCAAUUUCGAGAACACCGCGGCAUUUAGCCGGGAUUAUCAAAGCGCGCAGGACUGCAUGUGCGAUACAGAACACAUGUUGGAGUGCUCCAACGAUGCCGGGAACAGCAACGGUCUGUCCAAUGUGCAAAUUACGAAUUCCGAUUUCGAUCAAAUCGUCGAACAAUUCCAGGAAGAUAAUCUAUUCCUUCAAGGGGAGAAACUACCGAUAGCUGCGAAGAAGGGUAUACAUGUGGUCGAUUAAUUUAGAGACUAUGUAAACGUGUGCGAGAUCGCUCGAGGAGAAAAUGGAAACAUAUAUAUACUUCAUUAUUAUUAAAAAUACACUGACAAUGAGAGAAAAUUGAAAAUCUAAAAAAAUGGGGCUUUUAAUUCGAUUAACAUAAACGUGAUCAGAUAAUAGUUGUGUCGCCUAAUCAGAUAAUAAACAAAAUAUACACGCAUUUACGCAGCGUUAAAGCGUCAAACAUUGUGAAAUGUUGUACGUUUUCCAAGUCUGAUGAUGCACGAACAAAGUUCUUAAAUGGACCACUAUGGCUAUUUAACAGCGGGUAUUAAAAUAAAUAUAUAUAGAUAUAUACACAUACAUAUACAUUUUCUUCUCAUAGAGCUGUUGAUAUGUAUAGAGAUUUUGUCAGAUACAUAUAAAUGUGUAUACAUUUUAACAUUAUAAAGACUACAGUUCAUGCGAUCAA